UUGCAUCGUAAUGGCAGACAAGAUAUUCCGCAUCUUCAACCCGAGAGAGCCAAAGGCCGACCCCGUGGAGAAAAGGCGUGCCCAACUGCGACGUGCCCAGCAAUCUUAUCGGGACCGCAAGGACAAGUACACCAAGGCCCUCGAGUUUGAGCUUGCAAGGGCUCGGAAGAGUGAGGCCGACUUGACGUCUGAGGUCGAGCAGCUUCAAGAGAAGGUCCGGAUACUGACGACUCUCUUGUCUCAACAUGGCAUUCCCCUUCCCGGCGAAUGUGAUGGCAGCUGGAUGCCGUCUCCUGAAGAAGAUGUACUGCCCUUAGACACGCUUCAACUCACCUCCCGCAAUAUCAAGACAGCGCAUGGACGGACACAGGGAACCGACGCUGCCUCAAGAGAUACAUGGGCAGUCUUUGCGGAAAAGGCGGCAAGCCCGGACACUUUCUGGACUGAUGAGAAUCUCACGUACCUGCAUCAGCACGGCUCAGAUCACAUCUCCCGAGACAACGGUCCGCCGCCACUCCCAGCUCAUGUGCCGACAGCCACGGCCACAGCCCCCCUAGGUGACCCCAGCGGCAAGACUCGCCUCUCCGAGCUCGAUGUCACAACCGUCGGGAUGGAGUUUGUGCUGACCCUAGAGAGCCCUUGCCUGGGCCACAUACACGGCAAUCCCAAAAAGCCACACGAGCCAAGCGGCCAUGCUUUGACCACUACAUCUCAGCUGCACUCAUGCUUGUCUCUGCCACCCAUCGACCCUGAGAAUCCGGUGCCUCCGUCGUACCAGAACGCGCCGGCGGCUGUGCUUGAGCGGCUGCUGAACCUUGCGCCGAGUGUAUCAGGAGAUGGCGAUGUGACGCCGAUACAGGCGUGGCAUUAUAUUCGCAAGCAGCCGUUCUUUGGCGGUUUCGAGAUGCAGAGCAUCAUUAGGCUGGCGGAGAGACUGCGUGAUGCAGCGAAAUGCCAUGGUUUCGGUGCUGCGGUUCAGACGGGUGUCUUUGAGUCGGCGGUGAGAGAAGUUCUCUAUCCCGUGUCUAGAAUGUUAUCCUGA